AUGCGCCGCGCCAGCCGAGACUACACCAAGUACCUGCGCGCCUCCGAGGAGAUGGGCAGCGGCGGCUCCGGCGCCCCGCACGAGGGCGCCCUGCACGCCCCGCCGCCGCCGCCGCCCGCGCAGCCCGCCCCGCACCACUCCGCCGCCGCCUCCCGCUCCACGUUCGUGGCCCUGCUGGGGCUGGGGCUGGGCCAGGUCGCGUGCAGCGUCACACUGUUCCUUUACUUCCGAGCGCAGAUGGAUCCUAAUAGAAUAUCAGAAGAUGACACUCACUGCAUUAACAGAAUUUUCAAACUCCAUGAAAACACGGAUUUGCAAGACACAACUCUGGAGAGUCAAGACUCAAAAUUAGUACCUGAUUCGUGUAAGAGAAUUAAACAGGCCUUUCAAGCAGCUGUGCAAAAGGAAAUGCAACAUAUUGUUAAAUCACAACACAUCAGAGCAGAAAAAGCCAUGGUGGAAGGUUCAUGGUUAGAUCUGGCCAGAAGGAACAAGCCUGAGACUCAGCCCUUUGCCCAUCUCACGAUUAAUGCCAUUGACAUCCCAUCAGGUUCCCAUAAAGUGAGUCUGUCCUGCUGGUACCAUGACCGAGGUUGGGCCAAGAUCUCCAACAUGACUUUCAGCAAUGGAAAACUAAUAGUUAACCAAGAUGGCUUUUAUUACCUGUAUGCCAACAUUUGCUUUCGACAUCAUGAAACUUCGGGAAACCUCACUGCGAAUUAUCUUCAGCUAAUGGUGUACGUCACCAAGACCAGCAUCAAAAUCCCGAGUUCUCAUACCCUCAUGAAAGGAGGAAGCACCAAAUACUGGUCGGGGAAUUCUGAAUUCCAUUUUUACUCCAUAAACGUUGGGGGAUUUUUUAAGCUACGGUCUGGUGAGGAAAUAAGCAUUGAGGUAUCCAACCCUUCACUACUGGAUCCAGAUCAAGAUGCAACGUACUUUGGGGCUUUUAAAGUUCGAGAUAUAGAUUGA